GUGACAGGCACUCCUGUCAUUCUACUGCAGCGGCUCAGACUUCCUUCAGCCGGUGCGGUCCUCAACGUCUCUUUGGGUUGGGAUCCCCUUCACUUUUUGGUUUCCGGGUGUCCCGCUGCUGCUCAGGUCUCAAGACCGGAAAGGAGACGCCGCUCGGCUUUGACUCGGUUCCCCAGCCCAGCUGUGGCCCCGCGUCCCGGACCGCCGCACCCUCCCUGCCACCUUUGGGUGCGUUGUGGGGGUCCCGGUGCUUGUUUUGUCUCCGGCACCGCCCAGAUCUGUUGAAAAACACUCAAGAUUAUAAAAUUUAAAUGACCAAAAUGGAUAUCCGAGGUGCUGUGGAUGCUGCUGUCCCAACCAAUAUUAUUGCUGCCAAGGCUGCAGAAGUUCGUGCAAACAAAGUGAACUGGCAGUCCUAUCUUCAGGGGCAGAUGAUUUCUGCUGAAGAUUGUGAGUUUAUCCAAAGAUUUGAGAUGAAAAGAAGUCCUGAAGAGAAGCAAGAAAUGCUUCAAACUGAAGGCAGUCAGUGUGCCAAGACAUUUAUAAAUUUGAUGACUCACAUCUCCAAGGAACAGACAGUGCAGUAUAUACUGACUAUGGUGGAUGAUAUGCUGCAGGAAAAUCAUCAACGUGUUAGCAUUUUCUUUGACUAUGCAAAACGUAGCAAGAACACUGCCUGGCCCUACUUUCUGCCAAUGUUGAAUCGCCAAGAUCCCUUUACUGUUCAUAUGGCAGCAAGAAUUAUUGCCAAGUUAGCAGCUUGGGGAAAAGAAUUGAUGGAGGGCAGUGACUUAAAUUACUAUUUCAAUUGGAUAAAAACUCAGCUGAGCUCACAGAAACUGCGUGGUAGCGGUGUUGCUGUUGAAACAGGAACAGUCUCUUCAAAUGAUAGUUCUCAAUACGUGCAGUGCGUUGCUGGGUGUCUGCAGCUGAUGCUCCGGGUCAAUGAGUACCGCUUUGCCUGGGUGGAAGCAGAUGGGGUAAACUGCAUAAUGGGAGUUUUGAGUAACAAGUGUGGUUUUCAACUCCAGUAUCAAAUGAUUUUUUCAAUAUGGCUCCUGGCAUUCAGUCCUCAAAUGUGUGAACACCUGCGGCGCUACAAUAUCAUUCCUGUUCUGUCCGAUAUCCUUCAAGAAUCCGUCAAAGAGAAAGUAACAAGAAUCAUUCUUGCAGCAUUCCGUAACUUUUUAGAAAAAUCAACUGAAAGAGAAACUCGCCAAGAAUAUGCUUUGGCAAUGAUUCAGUGCAAAGUUCUGAAGCAGUUGGAGAACUUGGAACAGCAGAAAUAUGAUGACGAAGAUAUCAGUGAAGAUAUCAAAUUUCUUCUGGAAAAACUUGGUGAGAGUGUCCAGGAUCUUAGCUCAUUUGAUGAGUACAGUUCGGAACUUAAAUCUGGAAGGUUGGAAUGGAGUCCUGUGCACAAAUCUGAGAAAUUUUGGAGAGAGAAUGCAGUGAGGUUAAAUGAGAAGAAUUAUGAACUCUUAAAAAUCUUGACAAAACUUCUAGAGGUGUCAGAUGACCCCCAAGUCUUAGCUGUGGCUGCUCACGAUGUUGGAGAAUAUGUGCGGCAUUAUCCACGGGGCAAACGGGUUAUUGAACAGCUUGGUGGGAAGCAGCUGGUGAUGAACCACAUGCAUCACGAAGACCAACAGGUCCGCUACAAUGCUCUGCUGGCCGUUCAGAAGCUCAUGGUGCACAACUGGGAAUAUCUCGGCAAACAGCUUCAAUCAGAGCAGCCUCAAACUACUGCUGCACGGAGUUGAGCACUGCCUCUCAGCCCCCUUAUCUGUGGCGGAGCACCUGGAGUGGGGACCUCAGUGUUUAGGGUUGAGAAUGAAUCACUUUUCAUUUUGCUAGUACUUUUCUUCCAUCGUGUGGCUUUUCCCAGUGCUAUUUUCAAAAACAAGUGUUUGGUCUUUAAGUUGUAAAAAAGUUGCUGCUUUCUGUAUCUAAAGAAAAUACUACUGUUAUAUAUACUGCUUGCAAUUCCUGUAUUUAUUGUUCUCUGGAAAUGAAUAUAGUUAUUAAAGGAUUCUC